CAGAGCCACUGCUGACAGUUGUACACCAAAGUCUGGAUUAUCAUAAAAGCCUUUGCAACAAGAGGAAGCGCGAGGAGCCUCAUGCGGGGCGGCGUUGUUGUUCUUCCAGGAGACGGACGACCCAAUGACUUCGUGUUGACAGCACAAGUGUUUGGGACGGGGCAGGUCUUUCCAGCAGUCUUUCUGUUCUGCCUCAGCGAGCAAAGGAGGACGUGGAUCAUCAGGAAAGAUGUUCUUUGUGGCAGGGGCCAAAAAUUCAGCGGGAGCCAGCGGAGGAGGUGAAAGGAGGUCAAUUUACCAGAAAUUUCGAGAGGUUGAUUUAUUGGACAAGAAAAAGACGGUGACGGCUCUGAAGCCGGGAGAGGACCGAGCCAUUCUCCUGGGACUGGGAAUGAUCCUGUCUUCAGUCAUGAUGUAUUUUGUCCUGGGUAUCACCGUAUUACGCGCCUAUGCAGACAGCGUGUGGACAGAGGAGGGUGUGUGUGUUGUUCUCAACUCCACGGUCACAGCAGACAUGAACUGUUCCUACAACUGUGGCUCGGACUGCUGGAGGGUGUCCAAAUACCCCUGUCUGCAGGUCUAUGUGAGCGUCAACAACACGGGCCGUGUCAGCCGUUUAUCUCACAAUGAAGAGACCCAGGAUGCCAGCUCUGAAUGUGUGUAUGUGCCCAGGUGCCAGAAGGACAGCGCGGCCAUGCACGCCGUGAUCAUGAACAUUUCCGACCGUCUGAAGGUGAACCAGCAGGUCGUCUGCUACUAUGACCCCGGCGAGCAGCAGGAGGCCGUUCUCCUGACCCGGCUGUACGACCACGGCGUCGUCUUCCACUCGCUGCUCUGGCCCUCCUGCAUGCUCACGGGGGGAGCCCUCAUCAUCCUGAUGGUGAAGCUCACGCAGUACCUCUCCAGACUGUGCGAGGAGAUCGGGAAGAUCAAGAGGUGAAGUACGUGCGGCAGCUGCAAAAGCGGAGCACAUGGCGGCGCGCUGAUGGACGUACGACAUGAAAGGGAUUGUUUUAGAGCGACGACCUUGCCGCGACCUCAAGCAAACUUUCCUCUUCGGUGGAGACAUUCGGAGCAGCUGACUUUCACCGCAGGGCGAGGAUAUGACUGUUUUAAAAAAAGUGAACUGAAUGUUCCCGGGCGGAAACCGCCACACGUGCUCCCAGCCGCAGCUUGGUGUUAAAACGUAUGUAGAAUGCUUGAGGGAACUUGUUUACAAGCUGUUAUGCUUAAAAAAAAAAAGAAAGUGUAGUGAGCGUGACUUGUGAUGUCCGAUGUGUAAAGUGAGACAAUAACCUGCCAAACAUAGAUAUGUAUAAAUAUAUCCCACCAACGUGCCUGUUAACAAUGAUCUAUGUUACUUUUGGAGACCUUUUUUACAUGUUUGUUUGUUUUUUUCAGUUUCUUAUGAAUCAGUAGUGACUUCCUGUUUU